CCGAGCCGAGCUGUGCUGAGCCGAGCCGAGCGCUCGGAGCCUUUGGCAGCUCCCGCGGGGUUUGGCAGCGGCUGGAGGAAGGAGCGGAGCAAGGAGGCGUUGGGGUGUGAGCUGGCCGUGAGUCACCGCACAGACACACGGACACACGGACACACGGACACACAAACGCAGCCCGGUGCUGCCCGCAGGUGCCGGGCACAGCGGCGGGGCAGGGCGGUGCGGCCCGGGAUGGCACGGACAGUUUUCAGGUUGCUCUCCGUGAGUGUGGCUGUGCUGCUGCUCCUGCUGCUGGUUCUGGGGCUGCAGGAGGCUGCAGAGCGCAGGAGGAACAGGAACAGAUGUUUCUUCAACCGCACCCAGGAGUUCUGUAUGUGCUACAACCUGUCUGAGGAGACGGCUGGGAGCAUCAUCCAGUGCCUGGCAGCUACUGUGGUGGAGUUUUGGGGUGGAGAUCUGGAGAAAUACACAGACUUCCCCAUCAGGGACCUGGACGACUCCACCAUUGAAACUCUGGGCUCCCUUAUCGUCCAGAAAAUCAUCAUUGGAAAUGUGCUGGUGCCUGAGGUGCUCCUGGCCCGUGUGCUGAGGUUCUUCUCCUACACCCACGUGCGGGAGCUGGCCUUUGACAGCUGCAUUUUCCAGGGCACGGGGGACUGGAGUGGCAUGGAGGGGCAGAGCUUGCCCAUCCUGUCCCUGAGCUUCCACAACGUGAGCUGUGCCCCUCUGACGGGCCAUGAGCCGGCCUUCUCCAGCCUGGGCAGGUGGCUGGGGACACUGCAGGAGCUGGCUGUCACCGGCUCCCGUGUCACCAGCCUGCCCUGUGCCAUCGGGAGGCUGCUCAGGGCCCUGCACUCCCUGAGCCUGGCACACAACAGCCUCGGGGACGGCAGCCUGGCCCCUGCCUUCUGCCAGGGAGCUUUCCCUCAGCUCCAGCAGCUGAGCCUGCAGCACAACAACCUGAGCUCCUACCACGGUGUGUGUGAGGGCGUGGGGCUGCUGCCACAGCUCCAGCACCUGGAUCUCAGCCACAACGAGCUCAGGGCAGAGCCAUCCUCCUCCUGCCAGUGGCCACCAUCCCUCCAGCACUUCAACUUGUCCUACACUGCCUUGGCUGAAGUGCCAGCCCCGCUGCCUCCCCACCUCCAGGUGCUGGACAUGAGCCACAACCACCUCCACGCCGUCGACAUCUCCCUCAGCUCCAUGAGGAAACUCUUCCUGAACCAAAACCUGCUGCAGGCCAUGCCCUCCAUCAGGAAUUGCCCCGUGCUGGACACCCUCCACCUGGACAACAACUCCAUUUCAGAGCUGCCCAGGGCUGAGGUGAAGCUCCUGGGGCGCCUGCAGGACGUGGCUGUGGCUGGGAACCCCUUCAGCUGCUCCUGCUCCGGGGCCGGGGGCCUGCAGGCCUUGGCGGCCAUGGGGCUCCUGGGGCUGGGCUGGCCUGGGGACUACAGGUGCCACUCCCCAGAGCAGUACCAGGGCUGGCAGGUGGCACAGGUGCCCGUGUCCGUGAUGCACUGUGACCCUGCUGCUGUGGUGGCCCCGAUUUGCGUGGCCCUGGCCCUGAUGGCCGGGGCUGGGGCCAUGUACGUGGCCAGGACAAGGCCCUGCCGCAGAGCCUGAGGGGCACCGGGACCCUGCCCAGCAGUGCUGUGCCCACAGGGGCUCCUGGGCACCCCACAGCUCCUGUUCUGCUCUUGCUGUGCCCAUAGGGGCUCCUGGGCACCCCACAGCUCCUGUUCUGCCCUUACUGUGCCCACAGCUCCUGUUCUGUCCUUGCUGUGCCCACAGGGGCUCCAGGGCACCCCACAGCUCCUGUUCUGUCCUUGCUGUGCCCACAGGGGCUCCUGGGCACCCCACAGCUCCUGUUCUGCCCUUACUGCGCCCACAGGGGCUCCAGGGCACCCCACAGCUCCUGUUCUGCCCUUACUGUGCCCACAGCUCCUGUUCUGUCCUUGCUGUGCCCACAGGGGCUCCUGGGCACCCCACAGCUCCUGUUCUGCCCUUACUGUGCCCACAGGGGCUCCAGGGCACCCCACAGCUCCUGUUCUGCCCUUACUGUGCCCACAGGGGCUCCAGGGCACCCCACAGCUCCUGUUCUGUCCUUGCUGUGCCCACAGGGGCUCCUGGGCACCCCACAGCUCCUGUUCUGCCCUUGCUGUGCCCACAGGGCCUCCUGGGCACCCCACAGCUCCUGUUCUGCCCUUGCUGUGCCCACAGGGGCUCCUGGGCACCCCACAGCUCCUGUUCUGCCCUUGCUGUGCCCACAGGGCCUCCUGGGCACCCCACAGCUCCUGUUCUGCUCUUGCUGUGCCCACAGGGGCUUCUGGGCACCCCACAGCUCCUGUUCUGUCCUUGCUGUGCCCACAGGGGCUCCUGGGCACCCCACAGCUCCUGUUCUGUCCUUGCUGUGCCCACAGCUCCUGUUCUGCCCUUACUGUGCCCACAGGGCCUCCUGGGCACCCCGCAGCUCCUUUUCUGUCCUUGCUGUGCCCACAGGGGCUCCUGGUGGAGCAGGGCUGUCCACAGGGUUUUCCUGCUGUGCCUCUGUCAUAGCAGAGAGCCCCUGAAUAAUGGGGAAUAAUGAGCAUUGACUGCAUGAUUGCAGAAGGCUGAUCAAUCACUUUAUUCUACUGUAUUAAACUAUACUAAUAAGAAAAACCCCAUUGCCCUUGCAGAUAGUCUGAUACAGCUUUGGUUAAUUAAUCCAAACACCAUCAGUGGCCAAUUAAGGGUUGGUAAACAAUUUGUUGUUUACCAAUUUGUUUGUUUACCAAACUAUUAAGGAUUGGUGAACAAUCUCUGUAACACAUUCCACAUGUGCACAACAACAGGUGCAGCAAGUGGAGACAAGGAUUGGUUCUCAUUCUUUUCUCUGAGCUUUCUCACAGCUUCCCAGGAACAUCCUGAGAGCUGUGUGUGUCUCUGUUCAGAGGAUGUGUGAUCAGCACAUGCCUGUGCCCAGCAGGUCCUGGGGCACCCCUCCCUGCAGCCCUGUGCCAUCUCCCACUGGGGAUGUCCCUGUGGCCAGGUGCAGCUCCCCAAGCCCUGCUGUCCCUGUCCUGUCACCUGUCCUGGACAAGCUCAGCUCCAUCAGGUCCCACUGGCAGCACUCAGGUGUCCCCAGCCUUGCUGGGCUCUGCUGGUGCCCCCCCAGAGCCCCCCACUCCUUUCAGCCCCUUCAGUCCAGGCAUCCUUGGAGCCUCCUGUGCUGAUCCUCCCUCUCCUCACCCUGGAUGUCAGGUUGGGCAGGAUGCUGCUUGAGAGAAAAACCAAAAACCCAUGAAAAACAGGAAAAUUACUAAAUUAAACACCCUGCACACAAAUGCUGAUGGGCUGGAGCAGCUCCUUACACCUCGACCUGAGGCUCUGGAGGAUGAUGGGUCCAAGUGGGACCUUGAGGAAGUGCAACCAGAAACUUUUUAAGUGAUUAAAAAGAAAAUUAAUUUGUUCUGGUUA